CUUGGUUAUGGACCCAAGUGCAAGUCCAUUGGAAAAGGCAGCUGCAACAAUGUAAGAGUCACCAGCAGUCCCAUGACAGUUCAACAGCUGGGACCUGUUUCACCUCUUGCUAACCAGGUGUCAACAGCAUGCAACCGGAUCAACCCUAGCGUACAGGGAUCUAUGGAUGCUUCGAGCCUGAGGGCUUCUCCAUCAGAUACAAGGUCGCUCUUGUCAUGUGAGUCUCUGGCCUCUACAACGUUAAGCUUGUCAGAAGGUGAGUCCACUUUGAGUGUAAAGCAAGAGUGGUUGCAUGGAUUUAGGACACAUCCUUCUAUUCCUCCUGACCAAGGUUUACAAAACAGCAGUGAGCUGGGGGACUUACUAAAUUUUUUGCCUGGAGCAUCUGUGUCCAGCAACUGCGUCUCUAACUCGUUACCGUCCUACUUACAUGGCAUGGAAAAUAAGCAUUCCCCUUACUCUAGUCCUCACCGUUCCUCAGCCUGGUCUCAAUCAACCCGCUCCAAAAAGAGAGCGCUCUCUUUGUCUCCGCUGUCUGACGGCAUUGGGAUUGACUUCAAUACAAUCAUCCGUACGUCCCCAACCUCUCUGGUGGCCUACAUCAACAGCUCCAGGACAUCACCAGCAAGCGUCUCCCCACAGCCUGAGGUCUAUGGACAUUUUUUGGGACUGAGAGGACGCUGUAUACCUCCAAAUUGCUCUAUUCCAACUGCCCAGAAAGGCCUUCUCAUGGCUAAUGGCAACGUCACCUUCCCAGGGUAUGCCGAGAAUGGGGCUGCUGAGUACCAGGAGAUGGAACAGCUGGAGCAAGCCAGCUUGGAGAUGGCUGCCACAAGCAAUAUGGUGAUCCAGCAGGGCGUGCUGCCCGUGGACAGCCAAGUGGUGGCUGUCCUGAAAAAUGAACGGCUGGAUGACUUCUCAGGCCAUACGGUUGACAUGCCUCCUCCACCCCUGUUGCCACUGCCUCUUCCACAAGGCCCACCCCCACCGUACCACGCUCACCAGCACAGGCAUCCACACAGCUUCCCGAGUCACAUUCAGCCACUGCAGGUACCGCCUUCUGCCCCAGGCUCCCUGCUUGAUGAAGAUGGUGAGAUAGAUGAUUUAAACGGCAAGCAUGGCUGUCACUGGGUUGACUGCGGUGCGCUGUAUGACCAGCAAGAGGAACUUGUGCAACACAUAGAGAAGAUCCAUAUAGACCAGAGAAAGGGAGAGGAAUUCACUUGCUUCUGGGCAGGGUGUCCACGAAGGUACAAGCCAUUUAAUGCCCGUUAUAAACUGCUGAUUCACAUGAGAGUCCACUCAGGAGAGAAGCCGAACAAAUGCACAUUUGAGGGUUGCAAGAAAGCCUUUUCCAGACUAGAAAAUCUCAAGAUUCACUUAAGGAGCCAUACGGGUGAAAAGCCGUACCUUUGCCAACACCCUGGCUGCCAGAAAGCGUUCAGCAACUCCAGCGACCGCGCCAAGCACCAGAGGACACACUUGGACACUAAACCUUAUGCGUGUCAGAUUCCAGGAUGUACUAAACGAUACACAGAUCCGAGUUCCCUGAGAAAGCAUGUGAAAGCCCAUUCUUCCAAAGACCAACAAGUCAGGAAAAAGCUGCGAUCGAGCUCAGAGCUUGGCCAGGACAUUCUGAAUGACUGCCUCGCAAUCCAGCCCCUCCAGCCAGCCCCAUCGCCGCAUGAUGCUGCAGAUACUACCAUGGGGCACUCCCCGGGGCCUGCUCACGAUAUUUACCCAGUGGCCGUGUUCCCCAGCACACAGACAAGUCGAAGUAGAACAGCGGUUGUGUCCUUGUCCCACCCCACCAGCCGCCCCUCUCCAGGACGUAAUGUACAGGGUAGUCCUCUCCAUCCUUUAACCCGGUUACCUCUUCUCUCAGCUGCAGACUCAGAGAGGUUUGGGGCUCCGACUCCUUCUCCUCACUACAUCAGCCCUCAGAGAAUUUCAGUUCCACGUUACAUGAUGCAGAGACAGACUCCACAACCUCCCCACCUUCAGCAGCCUGCAGGAAUGCCUCUAAAGACAUACCAGCCCACAACAAACCCAUCUUUUCAACCAAAUAGCCUCCACAUCCAAGGAUUUUAUGGGCAGCUUCAGACUUUCUGCCCUCCACAUUAUGCUGACAGUCAGAAGAAUGUACAACAUGGUGUUUCUUGCAAUAUGGUUCCUUCUUUUGAAGACUGCCUAGUUCCCACAUCAGCAGGCCAGGCAGGGCUUGGUAUUUUCCAUCGAACUUUUUCAGCUCAUUCUGGUAUAACAGUUUAUGACUUUCCAGCAGGAUCCACAGGUAUCUUCGGUGAUUCAGCUCGCAGCAUGCCAGAGGAUAGCAGUUUCCUACAAGUAAAUGCAGUAGAUCGUUGUUCUAGCCAGCUUUCUUCUGUCUACACUGAGAGCUAAAGUAAUAUAAAUCUAGUUACAAGAACUUGAUUCCAUUUCAUCUUGCCUUUCUGAUAUUUCUCUACAAAACUUUUCUCUCCAUGAAACUGCCACGUAUGUAUGGGGAUAUGGGUUGAUAUACAUACAUAAUGGAGAGGGAAAAAGCAAUCACUGAGCAUUCAUCAAGCAGUCAACUGAGAAGCAGAAUGUUUGGGGCAAGCAAGCUUUGCCAAAACUUUAGCAAUUGUUUCGUUUCUCUUCAUCUGUGGCACAGCAACUCUGCUUUUUUUGUUCUUUCUUUUUAAUUUCUCAAAGGGAAUUCAUAGACUGAAUAAGAAAACUACUUGUUGGCUGUAAUCCUUUCAAUCUGAAUGGAAGAAGAACUGAAGAACACAGCUUUAGAAAAUUCCUUUAUUUUUAAAAAAAGAAAAGGAAUAGAAGUAAAACCAGACCAUGCUACAAACAUUUCAAAGGCGCACAGCUCUUUGCACAACCUGUUUGCAUAUGAUGCUUCCAAAGUUCAACACACACCAGCAUCAAAAAGGGAGAGAAAUUAGACAUACAUCCUGCUCCUACCCACUGGAGGCAUUGGUGCGGCUUCAUUUUGGAGCCAAAGAUCAUUGGUACUGGAUUUCUUACAGGCCUUGGUUUACCUGUCUUUUCCUUCCCUCUGUAUUUUAAGCCAUACAAUAUGGCCAUUGCUGUUUUUCCAAUGUUCCUUCUGACCCAGUGCUUUAUGCAAUGAAUAAGAAGGGUUGAAUGCACUACAUGAGAAAGUACAUGGACUUUUUCUAUAUUUAGCACAGCUGCUAGGUAAGAAUAAAUAUGUUUUAAUUUUCUGUUGAUUUUUAAUUAUAUUUUAGAGCUUUAUUGCUGUAUGUGCUAUGGUACUCUGUAGGAAGGUUUAGAAUACCCUGUAGAAAAGAUUAUUUCUUAAAUUCCACAGAUUUCUUUAAAAGCAAUCUGUACUGAUUCAGUUAAAUUCUUGUUGCCCUAACAUUUUUCAUUUCCAUGCCACAUGCUAUGUUCCCUCUGGUUAUUUAGUGAGCAAAACUGAACCGGUUUGAUGGUCUUGAUUUUUCUACUCAAUGUCAGGCUCUGGUCCUUGAAUUUAGUCCAGGAUGCAAGCAAAUCAGGUUACUUUUUCUGAAAGCUACAAGGGUCUGAGUUAAAGACAGUAUUUUGCAGUGGGGAUGUGUUGUCACUGUGAUCCUAUAUACCUUGGGAGCAACUCUUACAUUAUGUAAGACUGGAUUUUUAGGUUAUUGAUGCUUGUUCAUCCGUUUUGUGGACUUCUUACUGUGUAGUGUGCAUCUCAAUAUUCUCAUGACAUCUAAUAAGAAGGACUUCAUAAGCACAAAAAUAUAAAGUUCAUUCUUACAGGCUAGACCACAACUAUGCUUCUGAAAUCACUCCUCUAGAAAGAUGAAUUUAAAAAAUAUUUAUACAAACAUUUCCUUAUCAUGAGAUGCUUUUGAGAGUCAUUGAGUGCAGUUUGAGACAAAUUCAUAGUUGUAUUUGCCAUUAUGCUGCAUAGAUGAAUUUAUGUCCAGAUGUUUAUAAAUACUGGCAAUCUUUUGAAGUUUAUAUUAAUGAAGUAUAUUUUUAUAUACAGGCAUAUGUGCUUACAUAUUUGAUGGAGAGGUUUUCAUCCAAUAAAUACAAAGAAUAUAUGGAUAAAGUAUGCCCAUAAAUGAUGUACAAUAAGAGGUAAUAUGGCUUAAAUACAGAUAAUUCUGCACUAAAUUCUCCCCCCUUUUAUUCUGCUUUCACAUCACAAGUUUAUGUGUCCCUCUGUUUCAGUUUGCAAAACUAGGUCUAUAUGGGUUUUAUUGAGGUAAAUUACACCAGGCUUCCCUACACAGCUGUGCAGACCCAGGCAGAAAGACAGCCCUUUUGCAUUAGUGUAUGAUCUGGCCCAGUGUGUUGACAGCAACUUUCACUUUUUAAUAAAGCUUUAAUCUUGUGUUAUCUUAAAGCCCAUUCUGUGGUCACUGCACAUGCAUAACUGGGUUCAGCAGGAGUAAUUAGACAUGCUGAACUCUUCAGUUUCAAAUGUGUAGGACAAUGUUUUGUUCCAUUGAAAUCAAUCAGAGCAGAAUCAAGCCCAGUGUUUACCUAUGUAUGUAUACGUAUAUACAUAGUUUUGUGUAUAUAAAUCCCUCAAGGUUCUUUUAAUGAGUUGAUUAUCCAGAAUUUGUCAGUUGCUGUGUAUGAAACUGGAAUAUUGCUGCUGACUUCAGAUCUGUAUCACCUUGACUUUUCAAUCUUUUGAGAUAUUUUUUGUGGUGUCUGAAUGUUCAGGCUCUCCUGUUGAGAGGCGGCUUUACACAUCAUGAAAGAUCCUGACCAAAGGGAAAGUGGGAAGACCAAAUUCAAAAAGGGUAUUCGUAAUUUGGGGAUUUAUCAGUUACACUUAAAAAAGGAAAUUUUUGCUAGUCAUUCAUUCAUUUUUUCAUUCAUAUAUAUGUAUAACAUAUAUAUUUACAACUUUCUAUGAGCCUUAAUCUUGAAAAGAAGGAGCUAGAGUACAAUCAAAUCAAGCACAUGAGAGUGGGCUACAAGUCUGUAAAAAAGUACACCUUUGUUUACUUCUGUGUCAAAGAGAAAGAGGAUUCUUUAUGAUUAUUUCAUUAUUCUCUUUCGAGUCAGACUGACUUUGGGGGAUCAGCUUAUAUCACUGAGGAACACUUUAUAUAAAAGAACCAUUUUGUCUCAAGUAUUUUGGAUGUUUAAAUAGGGAAUCAUGUUCGUCACAUAUUACAAUGAAAAAUGGUGCUUGUGAAAAUACAUAGCGUGAUUCCAGUUACUGACUUUUAUACCAAUACUUGUGCCUCAGUGAUUUUUGUGUUGUUAUUCUACUUUCUGGAUUGUUAACUUUCUAAAGGGAUUCAUAUCUAAGCAAUGAAGUUAUUUUACACUAUGGACAUUAAACAAUAUGCUAAUAUUCAUUCUUUUAUACAAUUUUCUUGUUUUCAGACUCGAAUAGUCUAUUUAUAUCUGCAUUAGAAAUGGGUCUACACUGGAGUUCAAAGUAGUUUCAAAGCGCAUGUGUACAUGUGUGAGUGUAUGCACAUGCAUGUGUGUAUUUGGAUCUGCUUUUCUGUGUAUAUAUAUGCAUGUAUAUAUACACAUAUACAUAUAGGCAUUACGGUUUGCUAAUACUGGAUGCUGAAGUACUGCAGUGCUAAGGCCAUCUGUCACAUUGUAUUUUGUUUUCAACUUUCUUAGAAGAGGUGUGAAUGAGUAUAAGAAUUACAUUUUAACUGUUUAUUUCCUGUUUUCCCUGUGUAAUUUUACAGCAGAUUUUUAAACAGCACUUUUUUGUGGUUUGUGUGAAAUUUUGUUGUUGUUUUUUGUUUCGGUUUGGUUUUUAUAUUUCCUAGGAAUAGAUAAAGCAAAAGAAAAAGACAACAAUUUAAAAUUAGCUGGGUGGGGUUUUAUUUGAGAAGAAGAUCUCUUUAUUGUGUACAGGAAGCAGCAUAUUGUGUAAUUUUUUUUACACAAAGCACUUUGGUGAGGAGAAAAAGUGGGAGUAUGUUUUUCCUAAGCCUUACAGAGUAUUCUACAUAUUUAUACAUGCUUACAUAUACACAAUUGAAUUGUUUGCCAUUCUGUAUAUCUGGCUGAUAUUUGCUCUAAAGAUAUAUCUGUUGCAUACCAUGAAAAAUAAUUUUUCAAAAGAAUUAGCUACACUUCUUUCUCUACUAGUAUGUAUAAUUUUGUGAUUUGUUACAGUUAUUUUUCAUAUAAUCAUAAGUUAUUUUUGUCCUGUCUCAUAAAAUUCUUUUUUAUGUAAGAGGUAAAAUUGAAAGGUGUAUAUGCAUGGUACAAAAUAAAACUGGGAAAUUAUAACUAAAUGACAUGACCAGUAGAAUGUCUUAUUGUGAGAUGCCUUUAAAGAAGACUACUGCAGCCAUUGUCCUUCAACAUAAAACUACUAGUAUUGGUAUGGAUUAGUAUAAUUAGAAACAGAAAUAGAAAAAAAAAAUCUCAAAGAUUUCUUCUAAAAAACACUUGGGUCAGAGUCUGGAUUUAAUUAUUGUUAUAGUGAGGCUAGAGAUUUGUAAAGAUAAAUGAAUGCCUCAGUGUGUGUUUACACCCUGGGUGGAGACACAAAUAAAAGAACAUUUCAUUA